GUCCUCGCGGCCCCUGCGGGCCGGCGCCCGCUGGGCGCCGCCAGCGCGGCGGCUGCGGCUGCACCAGCGGGGGCUCGCCGCUGGCGUGGCCGCGGGGCCGGCCCUGAGGGGGAGGAGGUCCAGGUACCCGGUGUGCUUCCGGGUGCUCGUCUGCGCUACUUGCUCUCUGGUAUUUGUCUGGCUGGCGGACUUCUUCACGGUGACCCUGCCGGCCAUGCAGAAGUCCCGCGUGCGCGAUGAGUCCAUGUGCUCAUACACCGACGAGCAGGUCCAGGCCAGCUGCAAGAGGAUAGUCGUCUACUUCGCCCUCUUCCUCCUCGUCCACUGCCUCGUGCACAUUAGGCAAUGCUGCGGCGCUGCCCUGGAGAUGGCCGAGCAGCAGAAUACAGGGGCCAUACGCGUGCUCCGGCUCAUGGUGCACGCGCCGCUCUUCAUCUUGGUGAUGAGCUCGCUGCUGCUCGGAGUCCAGGAGACCCUGCUCUCCUCGCGAAGGUGCCGCGAGCAGAACCCGGAGCUGUACCGCGCCAUUGGGUCGUUCGCGUGCCUCAGUUGCUUGGUGAGCGCCUGCUGCCUCUUCCUCGUGGCCUGGCAGGCCGCGCUGAGCCCGCGUCCGAGGCGGCUGCGGCCGCCAGGCCGCGAGAAGCGGGCCGCGCCGCCAGGGACCAUCGACCAGAUCCGCAGGUUGUCCCGGGCUCGUCGUCCUGUCGAGGACGACAAGCGCUACGCGGGCGCGUGUCCGAUAUGCCUGGGCGAGUGGGCGGAGCAGGACGACAUCAGGGUGCCGAUCCUCCUUCUACUCCUUUUCUGCCCUUCUUCCUCUUGACUCCUGGCCUUCCUUCUCUCCUGAUCGGUGCCGUUUUGCGGCCACGCGUUCCACAAGGAUUGCUUGGGCCGCUGGCUGCAGGCCGACAGCACCUGCGCGCUGUGCCGGCAGAGCGUCGCCAGGCGCGCCGGCGACGCGGAGGCGCGCGAG